CUAUCUUCAACAUGCCUUACCAAUCUUGUUAUACCUCUCUCGAUUACCAUCUUUAAGAUAUGGCUCUCUGGAUGUUUGUGGCUUGGUGUUGUCAUGCCAAUGUGAGCUAUAUACAGAAGAAGCAUGAGACUAGUGGUCCCGACUCCCGUGCAGCUUUCCAAGGAUUUUAUUUUGAUUGUCUGAAAUCUGUUAUGCGCUGCUUGUAUCCUCGCAGUUAUAGAUAUGUCAUGUGUUUUCUGAUGUAUACCAUGUUUAUUCAGUUCUUGGGAAAGCAGAAAGAUGGCAGUGCUCGUCGCAGUGCCGUCUCUGGGAAAAAGAUAUUACUGAAGCUGGAUAAAACAAAGGAAGACAACUUGGCUGAGAACAACAGGAAUGAGCUAUUGAAGUUCUUGAAUGCUAGUUAUGAUUGAUGAUGAUUUGUCGUGGAUGAAUUUCAUUGUUAUCUUUUUAUUAACAGCUUUGGAAAAGCGUACUAAUUGAAAUGUUUUGUAGCCUUCCAUGGUGAAAAUUUUUCAAUAUGUGCUUGAUUUUAUGU